CAGCCAUUUGUGAGUUUGUAAGUUCUCCUGUCUCUAUCUUGUUCUUUCUCUCUCCUCAUAAGAUGAUGAGGAAGAAGCCAUAGCAGAAGGGACAGAGAUGAGGGCUUACUGAAUUUUAUCGUAACCCUGCUUCAGAUCGAGCAAAAGAUUACAACUUUGGGUGGAUUCCGAUAAUGGAUCCUCGUGUGAUUUUCAGCAUUGUUCUUUUCCUCUCUCUUUCAUUUCUACCGGCCGGAAAAACGGACCUUGCUGCAGACAGGGCGGCGCUUUUGUCUCUCCGUUCAGCUGUCGGGGGUAGAUCUCUUUUGUGGAACACAUCUCAGACAAGUCCGUGUUCAUGGACUGGUGUUACAUGCGAAGCUGGUCAGGUGGUAGAGCUCAGACUUCCUGGAAUGGGUCUUGCCGGUCAAGUUCCGGUAGGUUCUAUCGGGAAAUUGACCCGUUUGCGUACUUUAAGUCUUCGAUUCAAUGCUUUAUCAGGUCCACUUCCUGCGGAUUUCGCUUCCAUUACUGGACUUCGUAAUCUCUAUCUACAACAUAACUCUUUCUCUGGUCCAAUUCCGGAUUUUAUUUUCUCUUUCCGUGAUCUUGUUCGUUUGAAUCUUGCUUUUAAUAGUUUUUCCGGUGAGAUCCCGGUUUCCUUCAACAAUCUGCCUCGUUUGGCUACUUUGUUUGUGGAGAAUAACAAGCUUAAUGGGUCGAUUCCUGAACUUAAUUUUAACAGUUCCGUUCAGUUCAAUGUGUCAAACAAUCUGUUGAACGGUUCAAUACCCUCUUCGCUGUCGGCGGGAAGACCGGCCAGCGCGUUUUCCGGUAACUUCCUUUGCGGCGCACCUCUAUCCUCUUGCGGUGGUGAUGGUGGUGUUACGCCGACCGAUGAGUCCCAAAAUGGGAAAAAGAAAAAGAAACUCUCCGGUGGAGCCAUUGCUGGAAUCAUAAUCGGAUCGGUACUCGGAUUGUUGCUGAUUAUACUCUUGCUGUUAUUCCUCUGCCGACGAAAGAAAAACGAGAAAACAAGGGAAGCCGAGAUUGAGACAGUAGCGAAAAGGGAAGUUGAAACUCAAACCGUAAAACCCAUCGGAGAAGGAGGCGGCGAUAACUCAACUGCCGCCGCCGCCGCCGCCGCCAUUCCAGUAUCGGCGCUUGCAACAACGAACAAAUCAAAGAGCAAGAGUCUAAUAUUCUUCGGGGAGCCAGAUAGUAAGUUCGAUUUGGAAGAUCUGUUGAAGGCAUCGGCUGAGGUUUUGGGUAAAGGUACAUUCGGUACUGCGUAUAAGGCCGUAAUGGAAAUGGGUAUAGCGGUUGCUGUAAAGCGUCUGAAAGAUGCGACAAUGGGGGAGAAAGAAUUCAAAGAGAAGAUAGAAUUCAUUGGAGCAAUGAAUAACGAAAAUUUAGUUCCUUUGAGAGCUUAUUACUUUAGCAGAGAUGAGAAGCUUCUUGUUUAUGAUUACAUGCCAAUGGGAAGCUUAUCCGCCCUCUUACAUGGAAACAAAGGAGGUGGUCGGACGCCAUUAAACUGGGAAACUCGUUCCGCCAUUGCUCUUGGAGCUUCAAGAGGAAUAACAUACCUUCAUUCACAGGGAUCUACAGUCUCCCAUGGCAGCAUAAAGUCAUCCAACAUUCUUCUUUCUCAAAAAUACGAAGCCCGUGUAUCUGAUUUCGGAUUAGCUCAGUUUGGUGGGCCUGCGACCGCACCUAACCGUGUAGCUGGCUACCGAGCGCCUGAGGUUACAGAUCAACGUAAGGUUUCUCAGAAAGCUGAUGUUUAUAGUUUUGGUGUAUUGUUGCUGGAAUUAUUGACUGGUAAAGCUCCAACUCAUGCUUUAAUGAAUGAGGAUGGAGUGGAUCUACCGAGAUGGGUUCAAUCCGUGGUUAGAGAGGAAUGGACGGCUGAGGUUUUCGAUCAAGAACUUCUUAGGUAUCAUGAAGAUAUUGAAGAAGAGAUGGUAAAGCUUCUGCAGCUUGCCAUUGAUUGUGCUGCACAGUAUCCUGACAAGCGACCAUCGAUUGCAGAGGUGACCGCACAAAUUGAGGAUAUAUGUCGGUCUAGUUUGCAGCGACAACAUAGCGGCGGAGUUGAUUCUGGGCCGGUGGCGGAAUCUUCAGUCGCGAAUUCAGUAAAUUAGUAGUUUCGAUUUGAGAUUGAUUGUUUGUUUUGUUUGGGUGGUUUGUUCUUUAUAUAAUUCAUGCAUAUUUUUCUGGGGUUUGAAAAGUAUAUUCGAUUCUUGAAUUCAUUUUUCAUAGAUGUUAUGAUCGGUUCAUUGUUAUAUAUUUGGACUAAAGGACUAAACUUGUUAAAUUUAUGUAUUGUUGAACCAUUAAUGAUUA